CUGAUUUGUUCGAUCGGCUGUUCAUGCCACUGCUGCGCAUCAUGGGUGAACGUGCACCUGUAAUGGGCAGGCUCGAUCGGCCUAGCUUCUAGCUAUAAUUGCACUGCACGGCCGGCCUCUAUUGCUUGAAAUAUAUAUGCUUCAGCGGCCCUGCUGGUCCUCCUCUCUCCAGCUAGCCAAGGGCAGCAGAGAAAACAGCUGAGCUGACUGUGGAUCUCAUCCAUAUCGUACGUCCUGUUUGGAUCUACCGCUUUGCUUCUCUUUGAGGUUUGAGCCCGUGGCCUCCUCCCUGCUGUCUCCUUGCUAACUAUCAGCCUGCAAGCUGCUUCUUCCAUGGAUUCCACCCUCUUCAUCAUCGGCGUUAUAGGCAACAUCAUCUCAGUUCUAGUCUUCACAUCUCCUAUCAAGACGUUCUGGAGGAUCGUGCGGAGCGGGUCGACGGAGGAGUUCGAGCCGGCGCCUUACGUGUUCACGCUGCUCAACGGGCUGCUGUGGCUCUACUACGGCGUCACCAAGCCUGACGGCUUCCUCGUUGCCACCGUCAAUGGCUUUGGGGCUCUCAUGGAGGCCAUCUACGUCGUCCUCUUCAUCGUCUACGCCGCCAACCAUGCCACAAGGGUUAAGACUGUAAAGCUGGCAGCAGCGUUGGAUAUUGGUGGCUUUGGAGUUGUGUAUGCGGUCGCCAGAUUCGCCAUCAAUGAAUUAGACUUGAGAAUCAUGGUGAUAGGAACGAUAUGUGCCUGCCUUAAUGUGCUCAUGUACGGGUCACCCCUUGCUGCCAUGAAAACGGUGAUCACCACCAAGAGCGUGGAGUUCAUGCCGUUCUUCCUAUCCUUCUUCCUCUUCCUCAACGGAGGCAUCUGGGCAACGUAUGCGGUGCUUGACCGAGACAUGUUCCUCGGGAUCCCCAAUGGGAUAGGCUUCGUCCUUGGCACCAUCCAGCUGAUCAUCUACGCGAUCUACAUGAACAGCAAGACCUCCCAAAGCAGCAAAGAAACAGCGUCGCCUCUUCUGGCCUCCGACCACAACCAGGGAGAAGCAUCUAGCCAUAGCCAUGUCUGAUGAUGAUCAUCAGUUCAUCAGUGCGCUGGUCCGUGUAUAGUAGCAGCAUUCUAGCUGUGUCAAAAGCAGCCCAACUUCCCAAGCCUACGGGCUACGGUGUACACCUACCAGUAUGCAAGCGAUUGACAAUUUUUAUUUUUUUAUUGAGAAUGUAAAGUUUGAGUAUAAUUUUGCCAGAGAAGGGUUGUGGUGAAAAUCCACAAAAUUUGAGUAUUUAACAAUUCAGAGGAGGCAGCUCUGUAGUAUGUAGGGUUUCCCUGAUAGGGUAUAGGGGGUUGCCUCUAAGUAGAUUAAUGCUUUGUAUGUAGUCAAGAUUAGUUAUGGAUAUCAAUUUGUAUACUAUUGUAUUUCCAUUUGUACUUAACAAAACUUAAUAGAUAGUUAGAAAAUUCA